UGGCGGCUGUUUCUCAACACCCCCUCUGCGCUUUGUGUCCCGUGGUUCCACCGAGCCUGCCCAAUGGUGCAAAGCGAGGUGUGCGAGUGUGAGAAAGACAGCCAGAGAGAGAGAGAAGGAAGGAAGUGUCUGCUACUCCCGGUCCGCACCUUUUCCGGCUGAUCGUAGCAGAAAGCCGCUGAGUAAGAGAGAGGCGCGAACGGGCGGAUCAAUCCGGGGAACGGGGGGCCGCUGUGCAGAGAGAAGAAGCGAGGAAGCCGAGUCUCCGUGAAUCAAUGACCUCUGGAGUUACCGAGAGAGGAGCCAUUCCGUCUCCGAGAAACAAGUGUGGGUGAAAAUACAAAACACGCACGCCACGGAGCUGCCCAGCCGGUCGAGGAGAGCUGUGCGCGGAGAAACACCGCAGGGAAACAGCGCAGGCUUUCAGAGGGCCUGCUCGGAAGCCGGGGUGUUUCCUGUGAACUCAAUCAAAGUCUCUGUUUUUAGGUAACGGGAUACGGAAGGGACCCUAUACCCUGGCAGAAAGGGCCUAGUUAAGCACAGCAGCUAAACAGGACAACAACCCGUUUGAAAGAAACCGAAAAGCAAAGUUCACAUCGCGCGGUAUUACCGGGAUACCCCUCGCGUCUGCAUUUGAAAUCUACACCCUCCCAAACAGUGUGAUUUUUAAUAAGAAGUGGGCAAGACAGCAGGAUUGGAUCCCAUCAAGCGAUUCGGAUCACGGCGUCGAAGUCUGUUUAAAAUCAGCCGGACUCCACUCGCUUUAGUCGGAGAACAACUUCUGUUUGUGUGUUGGAGGCCCGGAUUGCUUUAUUAUAAACUAUUUUUUUUAUAUAUAUAAUUUCAAUUAAGAAGUGACCGGUAGGAGAAGAGAACUCUGCUGUUUGAAUUCCGUCUGGUCGUUUCCACUUGGGUUUGAUUUUAUUUUUGUGUGUUACUGUGUAUCCCAGAACGCUUCGGCUUACAACUUUUGUUACUCAGAGAAGAUAUUUUGUUUCAUCAAUUAUUUACCGGAUAUCGAUCAAUGCGUUACUUGCUGAUAUUGGAGCAAGUCAAGUGGACUGUUACAAUUACAUUCAAUUGAACACAAGACUUAACACGUCUUCAUUACAGAAACGGGUUAUACAAAGAGCCUCUGACACCCGCCCCGUUUCCUAAAGAAUUGGAUAUUUAUGCACUGUUUACAAGAUGGGGAAAAUGCUGUCAAAGAUUUUCGGAAACAAGGAAAUGCGGAUAUUGAUGCUUGGACUUGACGCAGCGGGCAAGACCACCAUUUUAUACAAGCUGAAACUGGGCCAGUCCGUCACAACCAUCCCCACCGUGGGCUUCAACGUGGAGACUGUCACUUACAAGAACGUGAAAUUCAACGUGUGGGAUGUCGGGGGGCAGGAUAAGAUCCGGCCGCUGUGGAGGCACUAUUACACGGGCACCCAGGGGUUAAUCUUCGUGGUGGACUGCGCCGACAGAGACCGGAUAGACGAGGCCAGGCAAGAGCUGCACCGCAUUAUCAACGACCGAGAGAUGAGGGACGCCAUCAUUUUGAUUUUUGCCAAUAAGCAAGACCUACCCGACGCGAUGAAACCGCACGAAAUCCAAGAGAAACUGGGCUUGACCCGCAUCCGCGAUAGAAACUGGUACGUGCAGCCGUCCUGCGCGACCACGGGGGACGGACUGUACGAAGGACUCACCUGGCUGACCUCCAAUUACAAAUCUUAAUGGGCGGGCGAGGACUGCUUUACAACAAGCAGCAACGACAAAACAUACACGAAAGAAGCAAUUAACAAGUAAUAUACGACUUCUCACAAGAAUAUAUGAUAAAGAGAAGUGUGAUUAUCGGUUUUUUUUUUCUUUUGGAUUAUUAUAAUGAUUACCCCCACCCCCCCCACAUACACCUACCCCCCUUUUUUUGACUAAUCAUAAAUAUAAAUGCCAGUGCAGUGAUGAUACGGCUGGGUUUAGUUUUGCUUCGCUCUGGAGUGACGGGGCGAUCUUUUUAUUAGUUCGCGUUACUCCAGUAACAUUCCCUAAGACUAUUUUGACUAAAGAGGUUAUUGCUAUUUUUCUUUCCCUUCCUGUUUUCCUUUUAUUGUAUAAUGAAGUGAUUUAUUUUUUGUUUUAUUUCUUGGGGAGUCGGGGAGGGGCAUUCUGAUCACGCUUUUAUUAUCAUUAUUAUUAUUAUUUCAAUUUUCAGACAUGUGUUUCUUAAAAAAAAAAAAAAAAAAAACUAUUGUAGAUUUGCUUGUUAUCUCCAUACAACCAGAGGGAAAAAAACAUGUUGUUCAGGCCGAAUUCAAUUAGUAAACUUGAAACAAUAUUGUUGGAAACAAUGCGGUCUCUCUCUCUCUGAUUCAUUUUAUAUGAACCUUUUGAUUGUAUGUUUAAUGAACCGUUGUCAUUUAAAAAAAGAAAAAAAAAUUAAAAAGUCCAGGACAUUUCUCUUACGGCUUAUUACAGCAAGUAUUAAUGAGUGAAGUACAAAUACACAGCUCGACAGACCUCCCGGGUUUGUUUGUGAAUGAUACGGAAGAGCCGUUGCUUUUGGUACACACUGCUGAUGCCUGGCCAAGAGCCACGAUUGGAAUUAAACGCAAAACAUCUCAAAAUGAUUGGAAACCUGGCGUGAUAUUUAAAAACGCUCCUAAAACGCUGCAGCUGUGCGUGUGGUUAUCGAGAGCUCUGAGCACAGGACUGCUUGGCACGCAGACCUCGUCGCUUUUUUGCAAGCAGUAGAGUUGCAGUUCCUUAUCUUCUCGAUGCUAACACAGCUGCGUGCAUGACCAGUUGAGUAAAGUGACUCAUCCACCGAAGGAGCGGCUGAGGUUGAGUGCAUUCAGAAAUCCACGCCUGUGUUGGGUGAGGCGCAGCAGCAGACAGAGAGGACGGGGGAUUAUCCGCUGUUCAUUCCCCCCCCCCCAAAAAAGGCCAAGUGUUCUCAUUGUAUUCAUUUUACAGGGGGGUGUCAUUUGCGGGAAGGUGUGAGGUGUUUUUUUUUUUUUUUUUUUUAAAUGAAGAUUGGCUGCUUGUCUUUACAUUCAAAACUCUUUUUCAGGGCUUGUGUAAUUAAAUUAUAAAUUCAUGUUUUGUUUUUUUUUUGUUCUAUUUGCUAUGCUAACUUUUAAUAAAAAAAAAAACACAAUUCUGUAAAACUGUAACAAAUCUUAUUAAAAUAGCCCUUUUGAAAUGUU